GUCUCCAGGGACCUUGCAGGGACGCUUUGGCGAGUCUCCACGGACCCUCCAGAUAGGUGGCGGCGUGGAGUAAAGGGGGCGUGGCCAGGUGGAGCGCGCCGUAUAAAUGGAGACGACUCCCUCUGUUCUGCCUCACACCAACCAGCCGAUCCUCCUCUUCACCACAGAGUCACCUCCUCCUCCUCGUACCGUCUCCUCCGACUCAGCAGCUCUCUUCCAGCAUGGCAGCUCUCUGGCUCCAGACCUUCUCCAUGUUGCUUCUCCUGGUCGUAUCGUGGCCGGGCUCCCAGGCCGUCGCCCCCCCACAACACCUGUGUGGCUCCCACCUGGUCGACGCCCUCUACCUGGUCUGUGGGGAGAGAGGCUUCUUCUACGACCCCAAGAGAGACGUGGACCCUCUGAUGGGUUUCCUGCCCUCGAAGGUGGGCGGAGCUGCAGCCAUGGGCGGAGAGAACGAAGUGGCCGAGUUUGCGUUCAAGGACCAGAUGGAGAUGAUGGUGAAGCGAGGCAUCGUGGAGCAGUGCUGCCACAAGCCCUGCAACAUCUUCGACCUGCAGAACUACUGCAACUGAACAGCGCUCAGCCCGAGCUCUGCUUAGCUUAGCCGAGCUUAGCAUAGCUUAACCGUUCUGGCUCCGCCUCCCACUCCUCCCCCCACACACCCCCUUCAACUGCUGACAAAUGAAGUGCUGAGAAAUGGAUGAAACUAUUUUUCCUAGAAAAUAAAGUUUUGUGGAUUGAACCAA